CGUAACUUUGCACAACAUGUUUUAUUUGAAUCGUGGUUAAUAAAUUUAAUUUAAAAAGCACAGCAUACUUCUAUGGCAUAUUGCUAUUUAAAUUGUUUAUAUAAAAUCAAAUCCGUGGCCAGUUUUAUUUGUACUUCAUUUUAAUUUUAAUCAAUGAAUCCAUUUUGUAUUGGAAGUGACUCGCAGGUUGUAAAUAUUUAUACCUACAAGUAUUUUCCUGUACGCAAAAGUAAACUCACACAAAAUGGGGGUGGUGCAUGGUGUUUAGAUUUUGUUAAUAAAAGAAAAAAUCAUAUAAAACUUUUAAAUAAAUGUUUAACAUUAGAAGAUAACACUGGAUUGCAAUUAAACUAUGAAUAUUUGAUAAAAGAAUUUCAUUUAAAAGAUCCAUCUGAUGCAUGUGUUUUGAACAUUAGUGGAAGAUCUCUGCACUCUCCAGUGAAUGCAGAUUUUAGUUUGUUUAAAAAUGUGUGUGAAGUUGAUGCCAGUGACAACAAUUUAACAUUAGAUGCAUUUUGUACAUUUCCAAAGAUUGAAAAGUUGUUUCUUCAGGCAAAUAACAUGAAGUUUGUUGAUCUAAAUAAUGAUAGCUUUCCAUAUCUGCAAACAUUAGAUUUAUCAUAUAACUUUCUUUGCAAUGAAGCAUUAAUCAACAUAGGAAAGCUGAAAUGCUUAAAAGAUCUCCUCUUAUGUGGUUGUGGUUUAAAAAAGUUACCUCAGAUGUUUGAUGCGGCUGCUAAAGAUCAUAGUUUUUUAGGUAGAAAUUUAAAAAGUUGUACAAGUUUUGUAUGUCUAUCAUUCUUGGACUUGAGUGGAAAUUUGCUAACAGAGAGUGUUUUUGAAAGUUUAUCUGGAAUGCCGAGGUUAACGAUAUUAAAACUUGGAAAUAAUAAAAUUUGCAGUGUUCCUGACCUUUCAUACCAACAUAACAUCCAUAGCAACAAAAACUUAUCAUUCCAGUGUUUGAGCAGUUUGGAUUUAUCAAACAAUCAAAUUUGUUAUGAAAGUUCAUUGCUACCAGCAACAUAUUGGCCGAAUUUGACAAUACUAAUAUUAUGGGGAAAUCCAAUAAUUGAUACUCGAAGAGCUGAUGCUUCAAUUCUUGAUGAAAACUUUGAGAAGUUGUUUGACAUCAAAGUUAUAAGACAAAAACCAAGCCAUCAUUUUCUAAGGAACUUCAAUUUGUCAGCAAAAAAGAUUUUGAAUAUUGGGAAAAUCAUAAAUAAACCUAUCCCUUCAAUAAAGUAUAAUAACUUGCAACUUCUCGAGUCCAGUACUUCUAAUUUCAAAAAUAAGUUAUUUAAUGAGAAUCAGAAAAAAAAUUUGAGUUCAUUCAAUGAAGAGGCUGUUCCUUCAUUUAACAAUAACUUAGAAGAGUUGAAUGAUUAUUCCAUAGCAAAACCCAAAAAUGUUUUUUUAACUCAACUUAAUGAAGAAUCUGAGUUUAGUAUGCCAAAUCAUUAUCCUAUUGAAGAGGAUGAUUUUGAAGAAACUGAACUGUUUAUUAAAAGACUACCACUGGGUGCAUCUAUAAAGAGAUUAAAAGCCAUUCUCGAUAAGCAAAAGUUUCUUUCUUUUUCAAAGAAUAAGAAAAAAUCUACCACGGACAAACAAAUGAUGCUAAAUAAAGCUUUAGAAGACAUGCGAGUACAAAAAAUUUACAUUAAAGAAAAUUUAGCAACUGUACUUGAACAGCAAAAAAAAUCAUCAAAGUUUCACUAUAAAGAAGUUAAAGAACUAGCGAAAUCUAUGCAACACAAAUAUGACGAAGUUCGGAAAGAGUUAUUGAAACCAAUUCUUUUGUCAUACGAAAAUGAAGUCUAAAAAAAUGCCACGUUUCUAUUGUAAAUCUCAUGCGGAUUACUUGAUAUUAUCAAAAAUCUUUUAACAAUUAAUUUACAACUAGUUUUUUUUUUUAUUUAUUUUUCAAAUAACUAUUAUUAUUAUUUAUACUUAUAUUUAUUUUGGUAUAAAUUUUUUAAUGUAACUGUGUAAAAAAUUGUGUUUACGUAUUUGUAUUUAUUUUGUUUGAAACACAAUUUUGUUAGAUUUUGUUCUACAUCUAUGUUAUUAGAACAUGAGUUUUUUUAUGAUGUUUAAAUAUUUGUAAAUAAUGUUUAAAUAUUUAUAAAUGUUACGUUAUUCUAAAUUAAUCCUUAAGCUAUAAAACAUCCAUGGAAUACAUUCUGGUUGUUAGUUUUAGUUUUUUUUAAAGAAGGUUCUCAGCGAAAACGCAAAUAUUUCUAUGGUGCCAAAAAUGUAUUCUAAAAAGUUUUUAAAAUUCAAGGCUGCUCCAUCUGUCUAACUCUUUUUUUACUUUUUUUUUAAAUAGUUUUAUGUUACGCCAUAGUAAAUCCAAAAUGUUCAGUAUCUUUUACUUAAUAGAAUUUGUCAGAAAUUUGUUAAAUUGUUCGGAAAGCAUAUUUAUUUUUAUCAGUUUUAUAUCACUUCAAAA